CUAGAUAUUUAUAGUUUAAGCUUACACUCCCCGGACAUUGGAAGAAGGAGGCGAUGGAUACUCCGAUGGCGGAGGCGGCAGAGUCAAUCUCCGAUGAUGACGGCAUUGACAGAAUAAACCAACUACCAAACUCCUUACUACAUCACAUCCUCUCCUUCCUCCCUACCAAAACCUGCGUUCAGACCACACCCCUCGUUUCUCGCAAAUGGCGCAAUCUAUGGAAGAAUCUCGAAGCCUUGGAUUUCUGCGACAGUUCCAGCCCCCAAAUUUAUGAAUUCGAUAACGACGAACAGUUCUUGAUCUUCUCCGUUUUCGUCAACACUGUCCUCACUCUCCGCAAAUCUCGCGUUGUUCGGAAGUUCUGUCUCUCAUGCUAUCACGUUCAACUCGAUCCCUUCUAUAACCACUCGAUUGAUACGUGGAUCAAUGCCACCAUUGGCCCAAACCUUGAGGAGUUUCAUCUUACUCUGCUUACCGCCGCCGGCUUCAACAGGGUGCCUCUCUCCCUCUUCUCUUGCCCUAACCUUGUCUCUCUCAGUUUCAAUGACUAUAUCAUUCUGCAAUUGCAAGACAAUUCGAAAAUUUGCUUACCGUCACUGAAGUUGCUGCAACUACUAGACAUGUAUAAUUUGGAUUUAAAUUCUGUGAAUGCCCUUCUCUCUGGCUGUCCUGUUCUCGAAAAUCUGGAAAUUUCUUUUGCUCCUGAAUCUUUGGCCACACUUCGGCUGUCAUCUUCAACCUUGAAGAGGUUAAAAAUCGAUGUUGAGAAUGAGGUUGGGGCUUACCUUGAAAUAGACGCUCCUGAUCUCAAGUACCUUAGCCUCACCAAUAUCAUGUUUCUUAAUGCUGCUUCUGUUGGGAACUUGCACAAUGUGGAAGAAGCACAUCUUGAUGUAUUUUCCACUCAUAGAGCUCCGUCUUCUCCGAGCACAAGUGAAUCUGUUGAACCUGUACUCCGUCUUCUCCAAGCUCUCUCUGGAAUUAAACAUCUAAAGCUGCUUAGUUCAACAACAAAGUGGCUAUUUGCCGCCCCUGUUUUAGAUUUUCCAGAAUUUUGCCACUUGCUUUAUCUAGAGCUCUGGCUUCUCUCUUUCAACUCAAGUUUUCUGAUUGACAUGCUUCAAAAAUGUCCUGUGCUACAAACUCUCAUAACAUUCAACGACAAGAUGCAUCCAUCAUAUGAUUCAUCACCUUCAUAUGGAUGGGAGGUGAAGCCAAAAAGUGUUCCUAAAUGUCUCGUAUCCCAUUUGACCUUUAUUGACCUUCAAAGAUAUCUAGGAAAUUCAAAUGAGCUGGAGUUUACAAGCUAUGUUUUGCAAAAUGGACUUGUUUUGAAGACAAUGCUUAUUAGUGGUUUUUCGCUAGAACAACGGGGGGAAUGGUUGAAAAAAAUCUCCAAUCUACCAAGGGCAUCUGCCAUGUGUCAAGUUACAUUUCACUGAGCGGCAUCAUCUUAAGUGUGCUUUGAGGCUUCACUAAGAAGAAGAUGUUGGGAGCAAAACGGAAGAUUAUGCAUUUUUUAAUUUCAGCACGUUCACAAGGCUCUGGCCGUGGCAGCUAUUAUGUUUGUUUCUUCCUGUUAGUCUCAUGGAUGAUUCCUUUUAUUGUUGGUCUGGAAAAAUCAGUCAAGACAUUGUCUCGUUAUCUUCUCAUUCUCUUUUUUUAUAUGCUCUAUAGUCUGUCUAUAUACUCUUUAAAUUUCUUGAUCAUGAGAAAAGACAGAACAUCUUAUAUUUGAACUGUUAUACCCAUCUAUCUGAUUAUUUGUUAACCACUUUAUUGGAAACACAGGUUUCAUGUUGAUUGA